AUGAAUUCAGAUUGUGAGUCAUAUGCCAGCCAUAAUUCAUAUCAAUUCUCUAUUUACCAAUAUCUCAUUUCCCGCAUAGUUCCACACAUCAAAGAACACGACAAUAUUUUAGAUGUCGGUAGCGGAGAUGGUAAAUGCACCAAUUUACUUUACGAAACUUUACUAAAUGCUCAUGACAAUAUUGAAUUUAAGGUAAAUGUUUUAGGGAUAGACUUGCUCUCAAGAAUGAUCGAAUACGCCAGGGAACGUUAUUGUUCUCACCAAAAAUCAUUGGAAUUCUCUAAUAUCGAUAUAACGAGUAAAAAUGCGCCUGAGAAUAUUUUAAAUGCUUCUAAAGGAGGCGUUAUUGAUCACGUUGUGUCUUCAUGCUGUUUUCAUUGGGUGGGGGAUCAACUGAAAGCGUUCGCUAAUCUACUCAAAGUCAUAAAUUGGGACGGCGGCUCUAUUAAUAUAAUAUUAAACUGUAGAAUUGUAGGCAGCCUAAAUUACGCGACUGAAAGAACCUUAGAUAAUCAGGAAUUGAGUCCACAUUUAAAAAAAUUAAAAAAGUUCUAUGACGGAUUGUUAUUACCUUGGAGGCGUGCGUGGAUGAUAGAACAUGAUCCUAUACUAGCCUAUAAGAAAAUAAUGAUUGAGGCGGGGUAUAAAGAAGAUAAAAUAACGAUAGAAGAGAUAGACGAGAUUAAUUAUUCGUUUCAACCCUCUAUCGAGGCCGCAGCAAAUUUUGUUCAAGGGUUUUUCCCAGAUGUUUUAGCUGAUAUAGACAAAUCGGGAUUGAAGGAACAGUUUUUUAAAAUGUUUAUGAAAAAUGUAUUGGAAUAUAAUGAAAAACAUUACGGUGACAAAUUGAAAAUGUGCUUUCCAUUGAUGUAUGUUCAUUACAGUUUAUGA